CUAGCCGCCGCCCUCUGUGGUGUGCGGGCUGUGUGGGCGGCGCCUCGGCAUUGCGAGGAGGCUGCUGCGUCGCCGCGGGGCAUGCCGGGAGCGGAGAAGGCGAGGCGGCGGCGGCGGCGGAGAUGCUGCGGCGCAAGCCCACCCGCCUGGAGCUGAAGCUGGACGACAUCGAGGAGUUCGAGGGGGCCCGCAAGGAGCUCGAGAGUCGGAAGAAGCAGCGUGAAGAUGUGGAUGUGGUCGGAGCCAGCGACGGAGCCCUGGGACUGAACAGCGACCACAAGAGCCGGGAACAGGUGAUCCAGGACCGGAUUGGCUACAAGCCCCAGCCCAAACCCAACAACCGCACCUCUCAGUUUGGGAACUUUGAAUUCUAGAAGAGCGUGAGCUCCUGGGGUGCCCGUCCCCGUGAGCUUUGGGUGAAGCAGGCGGUCCUCUGACCAGGCUGGGUUAGACAUGCCCAAGGAGAUGGCGCCUGUGUUCUCUUGGUAUCGAAAGAAAUCCACCUGUUGCUUCCUGAAGGACAGAUGAGACCCUCAUUUCACUUGAUGUCUUCCCUGCCAUCUCCUUAGCUGCUAUGUCUUAAAUAAAUGUGUUUUUUUAAAAAAAUAAAAUAAAAAUAAAAGUA